CCCACGUAAACAACCUACGGCGCGCGCUGCAUUUGAAACUGAGCUUAACACGUUUCACAUUUUUAAUAGACUUGUGAGUUUGGGUUUUAACUAAUCAUUAAAAAUGGCGACUAUGGCUGAAUUUAUACAACAGUCUGAGAUAAAUGAUGGAAUACGUUUCUCUUGGAAUGCAUGGCCUAUUUCUCGACUAGAAUCUGCCCAGUCUGUAGUACCUAUCGGAUGUUUAUACACAUUACUCAAAGAACGUUAUGAUUUUCCACCGAUUAAUUAUGAACCAGUAUUCUGUACUCGAUGUCGUGGGAUUCUUAAUCCAUAUUGUCCGUUUGAUAUCAGGAGUCGGACAUGGACGUGUUGCCUAUGCACAAUGCGUAAUAACUUCCCACCUCAAUAUGCUGGAAUGACUGAACAGAAGUUACCUGCGGAAUUGAUGGCUCAGUUUACCACACUAGAAUAUACCAUCCCGAAAGUUCAACCAGUCCCGCCAAUAUUUGUUUUUGUCGUGGACACGUGUAUUGAAGAACCUGAAUUCACUCAAUUGAAGGAAUCUAUCCAGCUGUCAUUGAGUUUUCUACCGCCUCAAGCAUUAGUCGGUUUGAUCACUUUUGGGAAAAUGGUACAUGUUCAUGAAUUAGAAGCAGGACCAAUUGCUAAAUCAUGGGUAUUUAAAGGUACAAAAGAUUACACAGGAAAUCAAAUUCAAGUAAUGCUUGGCGUUGGUCGUAGUUCUUUUGGUAAUGUUGGUCAACCGGCUACAUUCAAUGCUCGUCCUAGUCCAGGUGUUAAAGGUGUCUACGGUGCUGAACAACAAUUUCAACAGCAACCACCUCAAGCACAACCACAGAUGGCUCAGUUACCAUACAAUAGAUUUAUUCAACCUAUGGAAAGAUGUGAUGCUGUGUUAACUGAUCUACUGACUGAACUACAACCUGAUCCAUGGCCUGUACCACAAGGUAAACGUCCACUUCGUUCAGUUGGUACUGCAUUAAGUAUUGUCAUUGGUCUACUGGAAGCCACCUAUCCAAAUACAGGAGCUAGAGUUAUGCUAUUUCUUGGUGGUCCAUGUACUCAAGGUCCAGGUAUGGUUGUAGAUGAUGAUUUGAAGAAUAUUAUACGCUCUCAUCAUGAUAUGGAAAAAGAUAAUUGUAAAUAUAUGCGAAGAGCUAUGAAAGUAGGUGGUCAUGUAUCCGAGUUUAUUAAUUAUCACUUUAAAUGGUUGGUGUCGAUUCCUCCUUCAGAUAAGAAUGAUGUUAAUACAAACAGAUUCAUAUCAUCACUUAGUUCACCACUUAGUAAAUAG